GGGCGGGAGCGGGCGCUGUGGUCAGCUGAGCGGCGCCUGGCGGGUCGCGAGGCCGCGCGUCACCGUCCAGCUGCCCGGUCGCCGCCCCCUGGCCGGUCCCUGGCGGGCGUCGGCAUCCAGAGCUUUGGGACAAGAUGCCAACGAAGCAGUGACCUGAGAGGAGCGGAUCUCUGUGGCCGGACCUGUUACCAUGUCCCAUCAACCUCUGAGCUGCCUGACUGAGAAGGGGGACAGCUCCUGUGAGACCCCAGGAAAUGGACCCUCCAAUAUGGUUCACCCCAGCCUGGACACAUUCACCCCUGAGGAGCUGCUGCAGCAAAUGAAGGAACUCCUGGUCGAGAACCACCAGCUGAAAGAAGCCAUGAAGCUAAAUAAUCAAGCUAUGAAAGGGCGAUUUGAGGAGCUUUCUGCCUGGACAGAGAAGCAGAAGGAAGAACGCCAGUUGUUUGAGAUACAAAGCAAAGAGGCUAAGGAGCGCCUCAAGGCCCUGAGUCAUGAAAAUGAGAGGCUGAAGAAAGAGCUUGGAAAACUAAAAGAGAAAUCAGAAAGGCCAUUUGAAGACAUCACAGGUAGAUGCGGGUUUCCCAGAACCGACUUGGAGCAGGAAGUGGAGCAACUGAAGAUCCAGGUGAGGCGCCUUCAGGCUGAGAAGGCGGACCUGCUGGGCAUCAUCUCAGAACUGCAGCUCAAGCUCAACUCCGGCGGCUCCUCAGAAGACUCCUUCGUGGAGAUCAGGAUGACUGAAGGAGAGGCGGAAGGGGCAAUGAAGGAGAUGAGGAACAGCGCUAGACCCACAAGGACAGACUCCAUCAGCAUGGGCAAAUGUACAGAGGACACCAGGACUUGUGUGGAGUUUGAGGAACUGACUGUGAGCCAACUCCUGCUUUGCCUCAGGGAAGGAAACCAAAAGGUGGAGAGACUCGAGAUCGAGCUCAGAGAAGCCAAAGAAAGAAUUUCAGAUUUUGAAAAGAAAGCAAACAGCCAUUCUGCGAUUGAGACCCAGACAGAGGGGAGCACACAAAAAGAAGAGGAGGACAAAGACCCAGAGAGUGUGGGAAUCGAAGUGGAAACUCUGAACGUUCAAGUGGCCUCUCUGUUUAAGGAGCUUCAAGAGGCGCACACAAAGCUCAGUGAGGCCGAGCUGAUGAAGAAGAGACUUCAAGAAAAGUGUCAGGCUCUGGAAAGGAAGAACUCUGCAACCCCAUCGGAGCUGAAUGAAAAGCAAGAGCUCGUUUACAGUAACAGGAAGUUAGAGCUGCAGGUGGAGAGCAUGCGCUCGGAAAUCAAGAUGGAGCAGGCCAAGACAGAGGAGGAGAAAUCCAGGUUAGCCACUCUUCAGGCAACGCACGACAAGCUUCUUCAGGAACACAAUAAAGCUCUGAGAACAAUUGAAGAACUAACCAAACAACAGGCAGAAAAAGUGGACAAGGUGCAGCUGCAGGAGCUCAGCGAGAAGCUGGAGCUGGCGGAGCAGGCUCUGGCAUCCAAGCAGCUCCAGAUGGAUGAGAUGAAGCAGACCAUCGCCAAGCAGGAGGAGGACCUGGAGACCAUGGCCGUCCUCAGGGCUCAGAUGGAGGUGUACUGUUCAGAUUUCCAUGCUGAGAGGGCAGCAAGGGAGAAGAUUCAUGAGGAAAAGGAGCAGCUGGCCUUGCAGCUCGCCAUUUUGCUGAAAGAGAACAAUGACUUUGAAGAUGGAGGCAGGUGUGGACGCUUGCCACAAUCUGUGUACGGAGAUCACAGGACAGGAGUCAGUUCCCUGCCACAGUCUGUGUAUGGAGAUCACAGGACAGAAGUCAGUUCCCUGCCACAGUCUGUGUAUGGAGAUCACAGGACAGGAGUCAGUUCCCUGCCACAGUCUGUGUAUGGAGAUCACAGGACAGGUAGGCAGUCCUUGAUGGAAAUGCAGUGCCGGCACGGGGCGAGAACCAGCGACUCUGACCAGCAGGCUUACCUGUUUCAAAGAGGAGCCGAGGACAUGAGCUGGCAGCAUGGGCAGCAGCCCCGGAGUAUUCCCAUUCACUCGUGCCCCAAGUGUGGGGAGGUCCUGCCGGACAUUGACACGCUUCAGAUACAUGUGAUGGACUGUAUCAUCUGAGGGCCCUCCACUCCCCAAAGCUGUUGGUAAACGCCAGAUUUCUGCUCCAACACUUGUACUUCUGUCUUCUUUGUUGUCACGUAAAUAUUUUUGCCACAUUAUCCUAAUCUCUGGAGAAAGGAAGUGUACCCCUCCUAAGGAGAGCAUCUUCUGGACUGACAGGAAGUCACAACGAAGAAUCUAAUUAGUGCCCUUCCAGUGAGAUAGCCAGUGUUUUUAUGGUCUGCUCAUGAGAGUCUCUGAGAGCAGUCAGCCAGAAUGGGACACCAAGUGACCAAGCUCACGAAUGACAUGGGAGAAAUUCACUGACAUGUGGUUGAGAACCUGUGAGAGACAGGAAAUUGAAAUGGUCGGGAAUCAUGACUGCAGUGUUUUUCUAGGUAAAUCUUCACCUAGCAGGAUCUUGUUGUUCUGUGUGUAAUUAUGUGGAAAUUACGUGUGGUUCUUUCUGAUUGAACACGGUGAUAUCUGUUGAUCCCGGGACAGGUGAGAACUGGGAAUGCAGCUCAGGCCCAGGGUGCUUCCCUCAGCUGUUCAGUGUGGCGUUACCGUCAGCCUCUCUGUGUACUGGAGGUGUACAGGCUUUUAUUUUUUAAAGAGCAGCUAUUUUCUUUGCAGGUGAGGUAGCAGCUUACAGACCUCAGUUAUUACAAAGUAAACUUUUGUGAAAUAUCUGUCCCACUGCUCAUAUGUGACCAGCAACACUGUAGUGUGUCUAUUCUGCAUUGAGCUCACUAGACUUGAUUUGGUCAUGAGAAGUAGGAGCAGAUCCUUUUAAAGGAAGGCCAGUGCAUGUCUGAAUGAGAUUCCCGAUAAAAAGGUACAGAGAGCCAAGCGUGGUGGUGCAGGGCACACCCGCAGUUCCAGCACAUGGGAGACCGAGGCAGCAGAUCCCCCAGCUCAUGACCAGAUACGUCUACACAUAAUAAUUGGGGAUUUGCCAUAUUUUGUGUUAAAAAUGUUAGCAAAAACUAAACAAAUCCAAAAGUAAACAGCAUUGAGUCCUAAAACAUUCAAGAAGUCUUGUGUUUACCACAGGACCCAUACACACAGAUGUGUAUGUAAACAAAAUCAGAAUAGUUCAUUCAUCUCAAAGGAACAUGGUGUUCAGAUAAGUUAUCUUCACCUGAACAGUUACCCCUCCAAGACAGUAGAACACCGCACUGUGCAUCAGUCAUUAGAUCCCCUAGGACCCUAGAAGCCAUUAGAUUAUAUCCCCCUUAGACCCUAGGAGCCAUUAGAUUAGACCCCCUCAGACCCUAGGAGCCAUUAGAUUAGAUCCCCUCAGACCCUGGGAGCCAUUAGAUUAGAUCCCCUCAGACCCUAGGAGCCAUUAGAUUAGAUCCCCUCAGACCCUAGGAGCCAUUAGAUUAGAUCCCCCUCAGACCCUAGGGACAAUAUUCGCUAGUGACAUUUCUAAAAUUACACUUUUCCUUUUCUUAUUCUUUCUAGUAUAAAUUUCUUUAUAUUUUAUACUGGAUAAAGUAGGUUUCUAUAGUACCCCAGACACAGGAGGAAACCAGUUUCACAAUGAAGUUACUGGGGAAAUCCUUUUACUUUGUUCAAGUAUAAUUAUCUGAUAAAUCUAAACUGUGAAUUGAAAACCCAAAUGGUCUUAGGAACGCUAUGACCAAAGCAUUUGUUUGAUCAUGAAGAAGAGUACAGAUGAAGGCAAGUUCAGACUAAGACUGUUGGAGAGAGAUCAGUGUACAGCAUCUUUCACAGCAGCUAGGAUACAGGGCAGCCUAGGCAUCCAUUGCUGGAGUUUGGAUAGGGAAAACACAGUACACAGAUACAGUGAAACAGUAUCCAGCCUUGGGAAAGAAGGGGAUUCUAUCACUUGAUAGCAUAGAUGGACCUGGAGAGGACAUCAUGUCAAGUGAAGUAAGCCAGGCACGAAUAUCACAUGAUGUCACUUACAUGUGGACCCUGAAGAAACAUAGCUCAUAGAUGUUGAGAGCUGACUAGUGGUUAGCAGGACAGGAGGCUUCUGUGGGAAGGGUGAGAUGUUGCUCAAAGGUACAGAGUCUCAGGAGGGGUAAACUGUAGUGAUCUACUGUACAGAAGACUGACUGUAAUAAUUUGUAUACUAAGGCUAUAUCCCCAGUUUAGUAAACAACUUGUAAACCCUC